AUAAAAAUGAGUGUUGAAAAACUCCCAAAGUAAGCGUAUCUUUUUUUCAUACAAUACAUUUCUCCAAAAUAUAAACACAACAGAUAUACACAAAUUACAUUGGCUGAAAAAUAGUUUACAGACUCCAAACAAUAAUGAAACCGAUACCCGACCGAUGGCUGGAUUAUAGUCCGAUCGGAGAACGUGUUCCCGGGACUCGAUUCAUAGCCUUCAAGGUGCCGCUGCGUGAGCAUGUCAGCGCCAAAGUCAGCCAGGAGAAGCUACGCCUGGCGCCCGAGUCGCUUCUGGAGGCUGUCCCCGACCUGGGACUCAUCAUCGACCUGACCAACACGAGUCGCUACUAUAAUCCGGAAUCCUUCACCUCCAACGAUGUGCAACACAAGAAGCUGAUGGUUCCUGGCAAGGUAACCCCACCCAAGGACUUGGCAGAAAAAUUUUGUCGUCUUGUGACCAAUUUUCUCGAAGACAAUGAGGAUAAUGAUAAACUGAUCGGAGUUCACUGCACCCACGGCGUCAAUCGGACUGGAUAUCUCAUUUGCUACUUUAUGAUCACCAAAAUGAACAAAUCGCCGUCGGAGUCUAUUGAGACUUUUGCUGCGGCCCGCGGCCACGAGAUUGAACGCCAGAACUACAUGAGCUCGCUGAGGAAGCUUUCGGGCAAGGAGUCAAAGAAGGAGUGCUCCUCCUCGAAGGAAACCAGUGUGGAGAGUCAGUACCACCACGACGAUCAUUAUGACCACGACGGUAAAAGCCAUCAUUCGCGCUAUGAGUCUGGCGACAGGCACUACCAGAGUAGAAGCUACCAAAGGGGCGGCAGAGGCUACUACCCCCGACACAACUCCAAUUAGAAUUCGUUAGAAAUAUCAAACUUCCAUAAAGUAUCUAUAAAAUUGAAUGUGAUUAAAUUUUAGGAGGUAACUAUUACAAUGGUCCCUACCAAAAUAACUGGCGGGACAGAAGAGGAUAUCCUCCUAACGGGAACCAUCAACACCGAUAUUACCCAAGGGAAAAGCACUAUUCUAAUUAUAAUCGCUAUGUGGGUAACAACAACAGGGAUUACAGUGGGGAUUGGCGAAGCACUAGGAGGCCAUAUCACAAGCCUUAUUACCAAAACAAUAACUGGUCUCAUCAGAAGAAUUGGAGGCAGGAUCGCGACGAUCGCCAGCCAUACUAUCGAUCGAGCAGCAGCUACCACCGCUCCUCGAGGGACUAUAGUCGCGAUUAUUCUAAACGGGAUCGCGAUCACUACGACCGGGACGAUUCCAAAAGAAGCUACAGAGAAAAGAGCUACUACAAGGAUGAUAGUGACUAGCUUAUUAUAUUCGAAUUGUCUUCAUUAUAAUCUUUUUACAAUGUAAAAACCCUGAACAAUCUUUUAAUAAAUUUCCAAUGACAGUUUG